ACGAUGGAGGACGCGAACGAGAUUUUGGCGUGCGCGGCUGAAUUCGUAAAAGAUCGAUUGUAUUUUGUAACAUUAAGAACAGCAAUGAAACCAAAAAGUAAUCCAAACACACACUACUUCAGUAUUGACAAUGAGUUGGUAUAUGAAAAUUUUUACUGCGACUUUGGUCCCCUAAAUUUGGCCGUGCUAUACAGAUACUGCCAAAAAGUUAAUAAAAAGUUAAAAGGCAUUGCACUGAGCAAAAAGAAACUUGUGCAUUAUACAACAAUGGAUUCGGAGAAAAGAGUUAAUGCUGCAUUUCUCAUAGGAAGUUACGCGAUAUUGUAUUGCAAGCAUACAGCACAAGAAGUUUAUGAAUGUUUAACUAAAAGUCCAAAUAGUCCUUCAUUUAUCAUGUUUCGUGAUGCAUCUGUUGGACCACCAUGCUUUCAGAUAUCAUUAAGAGACUGUCUAAGUGCUAUAUACAAGUGCCAUCGACUUGGUUUCUUUAAUUUCGAAGAUUUCUGUGUUAAAGAAUAUGAACACUUUGAAAGAGUUGAGAAUGGAGAUUUAAAUUGGAUAGUUCCUGGAAAGUUUAUUGCUUUCUGUGGUCCACAUGCAAGAUCUAAAAUGGAAGAUGGUUAUCCACUUCAUGGUCCAGAAUGGUAUUUCACAUAUUUUCGCCGAAAUAACGUAACAACAAUUAUACGGCUUAAUAAGAAGGUUUACGAUGCAGCGAGCUUCACUGAUGCUGGUUUCGUUCAUAAAGAUCUGUUUUUUAUGGACGGCUCAACACCGACGGACGCAAUAAUGCAUCAGUUUCUCAAAAUAACGGAAAACGCAAAUGGCGCGGUUGCCGUACAUUGUAAAGCAGGUCUCGGUAGAACAGGUUCUCUCAUAGGUUGCUACAUUAUGAAGCAUUAUCAUUUGACGGCUCACGAAACAAUCGCCUGGAUAAGGAUAUGUAGGCCAGGUUCUGUAAUUGGGCAUCAGCAACAAUGGUUGGAGAGAAAAGAAGUAUAUCUUCGAUCGUUAUUGAAAGAGCCAUUGCAAUCUGAAAAUGGAAAUUCGGUGCAUGAAUAUGGGAUAUAUUCGAUAGCUGGUAGACCUAAAGCAGCCUCUUUCCAAGGAGAUGUAAAGAAUCUGAUGGAAGAUAAUGUAUCAGGAAUAAUGCAUCGCGUGGAUGAAAUAAAAUUGGACGAUCCUGGACCAGUAGCUGGGGCUAGCGCCACGAAUAGAUAUAGUACGUUGACUCAAGGUGAUAAAUUGUGCAGAAUUAAAGCCAGAAGAAGAGGCAUAUCGACAGCUCAAACUUCUCUUAAUACAAGUACAGGAACAUCUACUGUUGUACAUCCGUAUUUGGGACCCUUAUUACAAACGAGAAGUCAAAAAGGAACUAUUACUACUCUAGUGGGAAAUAAAGAAAGAGACCCCACCAAAAGACUGUUAUCACGAUCUACUGCAACAACAGUCGUGAAAAGAAACAGUUGGUUGGUCAACAGUAGCUGUGAUCCAUCUUCCUGCCGUAUUAGGUCUAAACCGGCAACACAGAGUUAUAACAUCAACAACAAUACAACUACCACCAAUCCUGUUACAUCUUUAACCGUAUCAAAACCAGUGAGAAGGGCAAAACGUACCUCCUGCAUGGUUGCACAGGCCCACGCUACAAACUCGUCUGCCAAUCAUUCAGUAUCGCAACCGCAACAACGCAUGAAUAUGAUCCUCAGGUCGGCAGAUCGAGUUACUCGCUAUUCGCUCAGGCAUGCGCGCACAACAAAAAGUUAUAAAAGUGCAUUUAUCAGAUGACUAACCGAUAUUCCCAGUGGCGUUGGGGAGGACUGUCAGGUAACUGGAGCAUCUCACCAGCGCCGAAGAUCUCAUCGCUUAAACCCCAUCAUACAGUAAAAAGCACUUCACUUUGAUCUUCAAUCCUUCAACUCAAGCAAGUUUUGCCCAGGCUUUUAUAUCAUAAAUCAACGAAGAUCAAACUAUAUUUCUACCAAAUC